AUGUCAGAAACUAGUAAUAGUCGCCAUAUUGUUAUUCUUGGAGGUGGUGUUAUAGGCUGUUCUAUAGCAUAUCAUAUAACUUUACUCAACAGAGAUCCUAACUUAAAAGUGACAGUUAUUGAACAAACUGCUAUUGGCUGUGCAGCUUCUGGUAAAGCAGGAGGAUUUUUAACCUAUGAUUGGUGUGAUAAAGGACCCCUUGAAGAUUUAGCCAGGAAAAGUUUCAAGUUACAUUCAGAAUUAGCUAAAACUUUAAAUGGGAAAAAAAGAUAUGAUUAUCGUUUAGUUGAAACAUUAUCAGUUUCAGCAUCAACAAAAGCAGGCAGUGUAAAACAGCCACCAACUAAUUGGUUGAAAACUGGAGUGAUCACCAAGUAUAAGCAUAUUGGCACUAAGCAGACAACAGCUCAAUUACAUCCAUAUAAAUUUACAAUGACAUUGAUGGAAGAGGCAGAGUCUAGAGGAGCAAAAGUUAUAAUUGGGCGAGUUGAUGGAAUAGAAUUUGAUAUGGCAAAAGCCUCAGGUGUAAAAAUUUCAACAACAAAUGAAAUCAUAGCAGCUGACACUGUUGUUGUUGCUAUGGGACCAUGGAGUGGAGAAGUACUUUCAUGGCUUGUGAAAAAAGGAAAUAGAGCUUUUCAACUACCAGAUGUAUCAGGACAAAGGGCACAUAGUAUUGUUUUAAAACCAUCUGUUCCUAUAUCAGCACAUGUAUGUUUUGUUUCACUUAAUUUAGGACAUAGAUUUGCAGAACCAGAAAUUUAUCCAAGACCAGAUGGGGAAGUUUAUAUUUCAGGAGAAUGUGAUGAAUCAACGCUUCCAGAAAGUGCAGAUGGGUACAUACCAAAUCCAGUAGCUAUCAGAAAUCUUAAAAAUAAUGUAAACACAGUUUCUCCAGAUGUCUUAGGAUGUGCACCAGUUAUAAAAGAACAAUGUUGUUAUAUGCCAAUAACAGAUGAUGAUAAGCCAUUAAUAGGGAAAAUACCAUGGUUAGAUGGUGUAUAUAUUGCGACAGGACAUUCAGUAUGGGGAAUUUUAAAUUCAUCUGGUACAGGUAAAGUUAUUGCAGAAAUGAUUUUAGAAGGUCAAGCAAAAUUUGCUGAUGUUAGAGCAUUGGCUCCAAUGAGACCAAAAAAAUAA